GUCAUAUGGAAGUGUUUGCUCAUGUAAUUAAUGAAUAAAAAGUGUGUUCAUGAUUUUACUAGUGCUAAAUUGACUUCACUAGAUACUUUGAACGUUUUGGGGCGUGUCUUUGCCAAGCAUACAUGUAAAAAUCGAUUUCGAAAUAUUACACAGAUAUUACAAGCAGGUAAUCAGCAGUAAAUGAUAUAAGAUCUCCUGUUGCAACAAGAAAAGAAAAUGACUGACAAACAACCUCCGGCUUAUGGUGCUCCACAGCAGCCAGGUUAUGGACCUCCUGGACAGCAGCCGGGGUAUGGACCUCCUCCCGGACAACAUCCGGGCUAUGGACCCCCUCCCGGACAACAGCCAGGCUAUGGUCAGCCCCCAUACGGCCAGCAGCCAUAUGGUCAGCCAGGUUAUGGCCCUCCCGGACAGGGAUAUGGAGCUCCUCCCCAGCCAUAUGGACAACCUGGAUAUCCUCAACCAGGUAUGCCGAUGCAGGGUCAGCAAGCUGGUCAGCCAGCUGCCCAGCAGUGGAUGCAGCGUCCUGAGGGUCUUCCUGGGUGUCCCCCAGGGCUGGAGUACCUCUGUCAGAUUGACCAGUUGCUUGUGAAACAACAGGUGGAGCUACUGGAGGCCCUGACUGGUUGGGAGUCAGCCAACAAAUACAAGAUCCAGAAUAGUGUAGGACAGCAGGUCUACUUUGCAGCAGAAGAGUCUGAUAUGUGUGCAAGACAGUGCUGUGGACCACAACGUGGAUUUACCAUCCACAUCACUGAUAACCUUGGACAGGAGGUUGUUCGAGUGACGAGGGAGUUUAAAUGCUGCGCUGGCUGCCCGUGGUGUGCUUGUACUGAGGGGUUGGCCCAUGAAGUGGUUGUUGAGAGUCCUCCUGGGACCGUCGUGGGAUAUGUGCUUCAACAGCAGAGCUGUAUUGAACCGAAGUAUGCGAUCAUGAACGCGUCCAGGGAGGAAAUCUUAACUAUCAAGGGUCCCAUGUGUGUUAUCUCUGGACCCUGUUGUCCAGAUGUGGAGUUCAUAAUACAUUCAAAGGAUGGCACGACAGAGGUGGGAAAGAUCAGCAAGCAGUGGAGCGGUGCGGUCAGGGAGUACUUCACUGACGCAGAUAACUUUGGAGUGUCAUUCCCGAUGGAUCUUGAUGUGAAGAUGAAGGCCACCAUGAUCGGAGCUGUCUUCUUGAUUGACUUCAUGUACUUUGAACAGUCCGGGAACCAGAACAGAAACAACCACUACUAGAAUGGCACAGUCCGGGGGACCAAAACAGGAACGACCACAACAAGAAUGUCACUGUCCAUAUGACACAAAAAUUGGCGGGGGGAGAUUGAAUGUUUGUGUGCCAUUUGACAAACAUGACGCAAAUAUUAAGGAACAAAUUUAUUAUUGUUUUUUAUGGGACAGAGGAUAAAAAACCAUUAUUUUUUUUAUUUAUAUAAUUUUCUGUUGUUUCUUUUCCUGUGAAGGAGGAUGUUACCCAUAAACUUACGUAUGCGUUAUCUGGACUUUUUUGCUUGCAAGCAGCACAACCUUUAAUGUUAUAUUUUACUUGCUUUACUUUAAAACAUCUUGAAACGUAUUUCAAUAAACAGGAAGUUUUUUGUGAAAAAUCAGGAAAUGGGGAACAAAAAUAAAUAAUACGAUUUAGAACAUAAUAUAUGACACAUGUCACAAAAUGAUGUUGAAGGCCUUUCUUUGAUUUAAUGAAGUUUUAAAUGUACAUUUAAGUGUCAUGAAAUAUUAUAAAGAAUGCAUAUUAAAUUUGAGGGAUUUUCUGUGAAUAAAAAUAAAUGAACAAGGCUAAGCAGAUUUCCUGGCAUAUCAGUUAUAUAUAAGAACUAAUGGAUCAAAUACUGAAAUUGUGAAUUUUUGCCUUAAUUAUAUUAUUUAUUUAUUUUUUUUUCUUGAAAGCUAAAAACAUUGCUUUAUUCCAAUUAAGGAAUUGAAUAACCACCUGAUAGGUGAUUUAAUUCCUCGGAAAUAUGCUUUUGUUCCAAACUUACAUUAUUAAAAGCAAAAAGAUACAUAUAAGUCUUACUCACAGGUUAGUACUAUUUUACAUGAUUUGCAACUGUGAUUAUAUUUUAAAUGAUAAUUAUAUUUCUUUUUAUUGUUUGUUUAAUCUAGACAACCAUUUUAUGUGGGAAUUGAUUGUGUAAAUCCAUUAAUUGUUGAACGCCAUACUGUUAUAUUUCUAUGUUUAAAAUUUGCAUGCAUGUUAACUUUUGACAUCUUUCAGAAAAAAAUCAUCAUGAAUGAUGCCCAUUUUGACAUUCGGCCAACAACAAGGAUUGUAAACUUCAAAUCAAGUCAAGUCAAUAUUUGUUUAUAGUCAGAGUUCAUGUAACAUUUAAAACAUAUGCUUUGUAUAGUUUUUUACCGACAUAAUCAUUUAACAAAAGGACACUAAAUGAGAGGCAAAUUGAACUUGAUGCUAAAAUUUAAAUAAGUCUCUUGCAAAAACAUUAGGCAAUAAGCCCUUCUGUUCUCAACAGUAUUACAUAUAUAUGAUAUUUGUAUAGUCAAUGGUUAUCCAAAUAUCAAUGUACUUGGUAUAUAAAUACAAUUUGUAUCAUUUAAAACAAUACAUGAAAUAAAGUGUUAGGAGAGUAUAACCAUUUAUCCAUAAUAAUUAUAUGUUUUCUUAAUGAUAAUUAUAUGUUUUCUUAAAUCUUAAGCCUUAAAUACAGAUGUCUAUAUAAAUACAGAUGUCUAUAUAAAUACAGAUGUCUAUAUUCGUUAAUGCUUUUUUUGUAUGGGAUUAUUCUGAAACAAUGUGCUUGUUGAACAUGUUCUGAUAUUUUUGUACACAUUUUUAUACAUUUCUUUGGGCCAAUAUUCUCUACAAUUUUGAGCCCAACUUUGAGACUCAAACACAGAAGAAGCCAGAUCUUAAUUUUGUUGUAAAAAUGUUAUUCAAUAGCAAAGAUGAAAACAAAAUGUGUUGACUGUCACAAACCACCUGUUUUAUAAUCAGGCGCACCUUUGGUCCAAAAAAGUUACAUUAUAGAUAUUUUGAAACAUUUAAGGAAUUAAGCCUAAGUCUGAAACUUGAGUGAAAACGUUCUUGAAUACAGACCCUGGAUUAAUCUUCGCCUUGUUGUGUUUUUCAAAAUGCUUUAUCUGUGUGUUUUAAAGGGCAGGUUGGUUUUUAAAGAUUUAGCUUGAUGCUAAACAUGAAAAUACAUUAGUGUGGCCUUCAAUGGGUGUUAUUGAUGAUAUAUGUAUAUUUGUCUUCUUAUUCCAAUGAACAGCAUUAUCUUUAUAUGUAAACACGUGUUUGUAUUUUAGAUAUAUUCUUUUGUUGUAUAUCAAUAUGUACAUGUCAUAUGCUUUUGCAAUUUCAAUCUGAUUUUAAAUUAUUCCAACUUCAUGCAUACAAUUGUAAAUAUGUUCCUGCUGUUCCACGUUCAGUUUUAUGAGCAUAAAUAGUAUUUUUCAUCAUCUUUCAUGAAACUACUUUCCUCCUUAAUCAGUUUCUUAAUGGGAGUUCAUUUUAUUCUGGGAGUUCAUUUUAUUCCCAUUUACUUAUGUGGUAAGGGUUAUGUGAACAUUUAAACAGAGCUCAUAUAUUUAUAUUUUAUUGAAUAAACUCACAUUUAUUUUAAUGAUUAUGAUGAAUUCCUUAACUGUGAUUAUUUUGAAUAGAAUUGAGAACUAUUAUGAUAAAGCCUUGUAUUAUACUAUAUCUUCAACAUAUUAUUCUUUUCUAGUUGAAAUGGAAAGGAAUACUAUUUUAAAGAUAUAGUAUUUAUAAUAUGUCAAAAGCUUCAUCUUUCUCCAGCAUAUUUGCUUGUUGUAUUCAGCAUGUCUUUUGUUGUAGACAAUGGCUUAUCAGACUAGUUAUUAAGUGAUUAUUUUACCUUUUAAAUCUUAGCUAUUUUAUAAUGAUAAUAUUUUUUCUUUAAUUUUUGGGGAAGAUGAAUCUUUUUAUGCUUUUCAGAGGUUUAUAGAUGUUUAUCAGUGAAAUAAAAAUUAUAUUUCAAUGUUUCAAAACAUAUAUUCAAUUUGAUAUUUUUCAGGGGUAGGACAUUAUUAAAAUGUUGACAUUUUUUAAAUGACUUUCAUUUCACAUACAAUUUGAUGAUGUUUUUGAAAAACUACAAUCAAAUGUCAUUUUAUAUCCUUUCUAGCAUAUAUAAAAAGAAAAUAAUAUUGUUUCAGUGUAUUUCAGCAAGAAAAAUCACCACAUGAAGACAACAGUAAUUAUUUCACUCAUGACUAUGCCAUUUGUGUCUUUUGAUUUUUAUUGCUAUCUUACACUGAAACAAACAAUAACCCUCUGUUAAUUUCCCAUCAAAUAAUUAUAUACAUAUUUGUUGGGGAGAAUAUUGCUCUAUUUAAGGAUGCUCAACAUUUCCUCCACUGGCGUGUCCUUUGACCAAAGUGUUUUAUUUUUUUUAAUUUAUUUAAAUGGUACAAGUGUUGAUUGCUUCAUUUUUUUCACAGUAUCUCAUAAUUUAUAAUGAUUCAUUGAUUGUACUUGUCUACUUUAUACUAAAGCAAAGGAAAUUGGUUGUUAUAUAAUCAUCCUUGUUGCUUGAACAAACUUGUGUACUUCUUGAGACUAUUUAUAGUCCAUAGUCAAUAGAUCAGGUCAACAUUGUCAAUGUUUUGAUUUUUUUCUCCUUUUUUUCUGUUUUAUGGCACUCGAAGCAUUGCAAUGACGAAAUAGCAAUACUUUCUUCUAAAAUAUAUUAUAUAAAUCAUAUAUAUAGAGUUUUAGAGUUUAGUUCUAUCAAAUUAGGCAAUAUUCCCACUCCUUCACAUAUAUAUGUAUGUGUGUUUUAUGUAAGGAGUAAGUGUAAACUAUGUACCAAGCAUAUAUAAUGUGUAAUAUCUAAUAUAGUGUACAUUGUUGCUUAUAUUAUAUAGAGGAUGGAAAAUGUUUUAAUCUUAGCCUUGCUUUAUCAUUUCGACAAUCUUAUAUAUCCUUUUAAUAUUCAGUAAAUGUAGUGAUCAUAGUUACUUUAUUUCAUAGUUUUUAGAGUUCUAUUAAACAUUCAACAGAUCUUGA